AUGCGGGGGCCCAGCCCACCGCUUCCGUGUCCCGCCCCCGCGCGUCAGCCGCUCAGAGAGCCGCUUACAACCCUUGGUAACAUACGUAGGAAUAAUUAUCAAGACACCCGAAACAACGACAAGAUUGACGGCGAGAGGUGCCGGCGAAGAAAGGAGAACGAAGAACUGCUGUCAGACGACGACGAAGACGAAGAGAACGAGGACGACGGUGACGUUGAUUUCCUCGACUCAGAAGCAUACGAAGAAGGAAAAAAUAGUAGGAGCAGCAACAACAACGAGAGCAACAACAAUCACGACGACGACGAAUCGUCCGUAGCUCCGGUGAGGCUGAGGACGUGCGGCGCUGGGUGUGCCGCCCAUAUCAGCGUACCCGUUGCCAUCAGCGCAGUCCCAACGGCCUCCUCAGCCUAUUCUGUGACGGGCGAGCCGCCGCGCUACCCUCUGCCGCCGCCCUGGCCACCCGAAGCAUCGUUACAGUCAUCACCGCUGGUGUCGGUGCCACCGCACCUGCAGUCGUCGCCGCUCACGGACUCCGGCGCCACGACGGCGUUCGUCGAGUCUCCGCCGCCAACAGUAGCAGCAGGGGUGACGCAGCGCGGCGCGCUCGCCGUCGUCAAACCCGUUGGCCUCAGCAAAGACAGCUCAGACAACAGUCGAAACAGCGCUCGCAAUACAAAUCAAAGAACAUCUCUACAGCUGGACGAAGUAGCGGCGCCAACAGGCUCAGCCGUAGUUGCUGGCUACAACGAGGGCAGCGACGGCAGCAGUCCAUCACCGCCAUCGUCGCGGCGGCUGUGCGCCAGUGGGAGCCAAGUGGUGGCGCAUAACUAUCCACUUCUGCAGCAGCAGCAGCACCGCCAUCAGCAACAAAAGCAAGAGCACAAGAGAUGCGCUCAUCUCGAUCAGCACCUACGGCAGCAGGAACUAUUGCGGCAACAAGUGGCGGACCAGCAAAGUUACAGUUACCAUAGCCGCAGUCACAGCAAUUACCAUCCGUCAUCGCUUUUGCAUUCGCCGUUACGAGUGUCGCCGCCGCCGCCACGGGGAUCCUUGGGAUACAUUCGUGGCUCGGAGGGCUUAAAUGCGCCCGAUUCCGGCCCAAUUUUCGAGGAUUUCGCUUGUCCCGAGAGUUCAGUAGGCUUGUGGGGUGGACGUGGGACAAGACACAAAGUGGACCUCGAGCUAAAAGCGAGAUCGAGGGCGGUGUCCCGUUCGCCGACACGCGACACAGCCGAGCUUGUUGGUAUGGGCUCGACGGCGGGCUUAACGACAACGUUGACUGCGGUAUCAGCCUCAACGCCGACGGCUGUUUCAGGGGAAAAUGCAGCCUUUGUGGUAACAACCGAACCAUCAAUGCCAACGGAGGUAGUAGAGCUCACGGAGGCGGCAGCCGCUACGGUUAUUUCGCCCUCAAAAUCACGACCGUAUCAACAUCGUCAUCACCAUCAGCAAUAUCGUGGAUGGGCAACUCAUCACCACAACCGCCGUCAACAAAAUCAUCAGCAAAACAGCUUUUACACCAGACACCAACAGCAGUCGCCGCAUUAUUGCUAUUAUUAUACGGAAGUAGAAAGAGCUAUGGCAGAAGAGGAUUGUGGUGAGUCAUAUUUGUUGCGUGUGCGUCCGCCAUUACCGGCAGAUACAACGUCGAUACUAAGGUCAGACUCAGCUGCUGUGAUGUUGCCAGCAAAAAAUAUGUUACCGACUUCGCCGUUGACAUCGAGAGCGACGACAACAUUGUCUGGGUGCAGUAGCUCACCUACUGAAAGAACCCUUCGAGGGGUGGUCGCCGGGGAUUAUCCCGAUUCUGACUGCGCAUAUCUUUCGUCAAGUGGCGAAGGCGGCAGCGGUUUUGGUGCCGUUUGGCCCCUGACUUCUGAAAGAAGCUCUCCAGCAUCAUGCCCUACUGGCACGCUUCUCUCAGCGGCGGACACGAUGACGGUAGGGGCCCAGAUGGACGGUACCGUCGGCGGUUUAAGGAAACCAACAAUUUUGACAACUGAAGAUGUCUCCUUCAUUGUUGCAGACGCUGGCGCUGCAGCUGAAGACGGCGCAGGAAUGACUGCAACAACUGCGGCACGAGCGACCACAGAAGAAGAAAGUGUAGCAGCUACUUCGACAACUGCCCCAGCAACAACGGCAGCCACAAUAGAAACACCGACGACUACGAGUUCUACUGAUGUUCGUGAUGGAGGGGUUUCGGCAGGAUUUAAGGAGCACGGUUCGUCACUGAACGACGCAUUGGCGUGCGGUGUAUCGGGCAGUUCGGGAAUGUCUCCAGGAGGGUCAAGCGCCUUCAAAAGAAUUGCUUGGAGAACACGGUACUGCUGUUUUGGCUGCAGUGUCAAAGAAGCCACGCUCGUCAUCGCUGUUGUGUUUAUUGUAAUUCGCAUACUAAAUUUGGUGUGCGCAUGUCUAGCUUAUGUGCAGCUUCCUGACGUUGAUCUCGACCCUUCACUUAAGACCACGUGGUUUCCGGCAAUUCUGGUUGGCAAUAUGGUGGAUUGUAUAUUUGAAAUUGUUGGUUGUGUUCUUCUUCUGAAAGCCAGCAAAGACGAUAACCGUUACCUGUUGAUCCCGUGGCUGGUGUACAACUCCAUCUGCAUUCUAUAUAACCUAAUUGGGGCCAUCCACUUCUUUGUUGUGUCGCUAUAUGUCGGAUUUGCGGGUCUCGUCGGCGGCCUCUUUGUUAUAUUUCUCAGCGUUCGGGUACGGGACGAUCUAUUUCUUCCUAAUCGUGGCUGUUUACUACAAGUUGUUAUUAGAAGGCAUCAUUUACGUAGUACCCUAUCCGCCGGCAACGCUUGCAUCGCUCGGCGACGUGGAGCUCAACGCAAACCGAGUCACGGUGAACGUGGCGUUACCCAGGAGUUCGGCCCAUGAGGACAACAACGACACUUACGAUGGAACCACAGCGCGGUUUCCCGUCAUAGUCACCAUUUAGUAGGGCCAGUAAACGCUCAGG